GCAAGAGUUCUUAUUUUAUUUUUUAAAGUCUUAUUAAUUGAGGCUUACACUUACUUGAAAGGCAAAUGUUUUGCACUGACUUCAAUCAUGAAUAUGCAAUCAAGAUAUUGUCACUUGGCAAUAAAGUGCUGUGGGUUGUUAUUUGUGCAAUUGAUCACAUUAAGAAUUGGUCCAAAGCGGUGAUAUUGUGUGAUGUUAGGAUGCCUUUUAGUUAACAUACUUGCAUCUGGAACAUUAUUAUUAACAAUUACUGCAUAUCUGCCCAUUUAAACGUUGAAAGCGUGAAGAUGAAAUUGUUAACACCUUUUUAGUAUUUUCUGUCAAAUCCAUUUUCAGGCCUUUCCUUCAUGCAGGAGGAGAGUUCGGCACUGGAUUGUUAUGUCACACGGCGGGACAAAGGAGGAGGGAGGAGGUUAGACUGGUUCAAACGCAUCCCACACACCUUGAUAACACUGCAUACCAAUUUAACACGACGUGUACUUUAGAAAAAGUAAUUAACUCCCCGACCCCCCCACACAACACCAAAUUUCUGUUAACCCCAUACUACUUCAUAAUCUGUUGUUCCCAUAUUAAACCUUACUGUAAGAUGUCACCCGGACACCCGGAUUCCUCAGAGGCUGCAUGCUCUCCGGUUCCUGUCGACUUUUUGUCCUUGUGGAUUAAUACACAAAAUGGUCUGUUUGACACCAAAUACUAAGUAAAUCCUAGAGAAUAGAAUACGGCUUUGGCCCCCAUCAGAGUUUAACGAAGGGCACGGAUUUAAUCCCACACAAAUGCCCAAUUAAAAUAGUUUCAUUAUAAACGGACAACUGACUCAGGAAUGUGGGGCUUGGAUUUGGGUGUCUCGGACACAUUUGCAAUGUCCUUAACUAAAAGAAACGAAAAUGAAAAUCUCAAUCCCACACAAACAGAGAUGUAAGUGCAAUUAGUCCCAUUAGUGGUGUAAUGAGUAUCUCUACCAGAAAACCCCCUGAGUUUCCACUGCCAACUUUAUGGAGGUGGCGCUUGUGCGUAAAACUGAACGUUGGUAUCGGCUUACUUCAUUUAUGCCUCUUGCGUAACACAGCGGAUCCAGGGCUCCUCCUCAUGAGAACAGAACUUCUUCUGCAGCGUGACGCUCUUCUUCUGACUCUCUAACGGAAAGCCGAAGAAAAACAUUGCUCCUCUUUCUAUGGAAAAGAGUUUCUCAAGGGCGCUUUGUUUGUGGUGCAUCAUUCGCAGCUGCGCCAUAAUAUACGAGGGCAUUUAAAGAAUACGAACAAGAUGCAGAAGAUCGUGCUCCGGGAGCCGUGAUGAACGCGACCCCCGGACAGCCUGAAGAGCUGCGCGCGCCUCUCCUCCAGGGCCUCUGGGAGCAGGUGAGAUCCGGGCAGGAGGAGGUCCUCCUCUCCCCGUACCUGCCCGCGUCCAUCGCCUUCCUCACCCACGUCCUUUUCUGCGCACCUUUCCUGGCGCUGGACGUGCUGGGCGGCUUCUGCCUGCGGGUCCGCUCGUGGAGGAUCGCCGCGGGCUCGGGUCCCCCGCCGUCCCUGCGCCGCUGGUUGGACUGUUUCUGGAGGGUCCUGUACGGAUACCUGACCACCGUCCUGCCGGCCACCGCGCUCGUCCACGCGCUGAGGAGCCCCGCACUACCGGCGCUGGCUCCGUCCUGCCGGCGGCUCUUCGUGGAAGUCUUCGCGUGUUUGCUGCUCUUCGACACGGUGUUCUUUAUUUGCCAUGUGGUCAUGCACAGGGUCACCUGGCUCUACCGCAACACCCACCAGCUGCACCACCGGCACCACGCGCCCUUCGCCCUGGCUGCUCAGGACAGCGGCCCUGUGGAGCUGCUGUCCCUGCUGCUGCUGUCCCUGGGCAGCGCCUGGGCGGUGGGCUGCCACCCUCUGAGCGAAGCCGUCUUCCACCUCCUCAACACCUGGCUGGCGGUGGAGGACCACUGUGGCUACGAGCUGCCCUGGGCUCUGCACAGACUGGUGCCCUGGGUCGGCGGAGCCCCCCACCACCAAAUCCACCACACUGUCCACAGUGUCAACUUCGCCCCCUACUUCAUCCACUGGGACCUCCUGUUCGGCACGUACCGUGCGCCGGGGCGGCAUUUGCCCACAGAGUGACACAAUUGGUCGUCCCGUGCAGGCUGGCCAGGAUGCAGUGAGGGACGAUCUCUGCAGGUUUUGGUGGUUUUCCGGAUCAGCUUUCCGUGUUUCAGUGGGGAGCCGUCGUCCCGAGGUCUGCAGCAGACCAUCCACGUUUAUUUCCUUCUCCCAUCAUUUGGAGACAUUUUCAGUUUUUGGCACAAAGUGUCUAACACAAGAUGGCACUAAUGAAACGGUGUAGCAGCCCCAAUGUGAAGCACUCAUACCGACAGCUGCUGUUUAUAAAGCGAAUACAUGAGGAGAGAGCAGAGAUGACACCAUAAAUCAGGAUAAACAAACAAACGUAUGAAGCGGAUGUGCUCUCGUGACAUGGGGCGGGGGGGGGGGUUUGGAUGGAGCGCUUACACUAAGACGCAAGACAGAUAAUACUCGACAGCUGUAUUUCUUUGCACUGUUCGAACUUAAAGUCAAUUUAUUUGAAAGUAUGUUACAAAAUGUAAAAAAAGGAAUGUGAUGUAAUUAGUUUAGUUUUUUAAAUAAAGUUUAUAUAUCAUAAUGCAA